AACUUCUUGUUUACUAAAAGAAAAGAAAGCGAAAGCAACAGAUAAGACAUCAUACGUAUAUAAUUGUCACUAAAACCAACUGCCAAUUUUGUUUUCCCCCGUGAUCAAAAGAAAUAUAUAUAUAUAUAUAUGUAUAUAUCUUUUUCCCACAAGCAUUCCAAUAGAAGGACCACUGGCUCGAACAUGAACUCUGACAAAAUGUUGAAGAUUUUGAUUUUAGUCUUUCUAUUCUUCUUCCCAUUUUGCAGUUCUUCCACUGAAACCUUAACACAAAACCAAUCCAUCAAAGACGGCCAAACUUUGAUAUCCAAAGAAAAGAACUUCUCCAUUGGCUUCUUCAGCCCAGCCAACUCCAGCCAUCGUUAUCUUGGUAUUUGGUUCGCCAAAGUCACAGAACAAACUCUGGUGUGGGUUGCAAACAGGAAUGAUCCUUUCAAUGAUUCUUCGGGAGUUCUCUCAAUCAACCAAGAUGGAAACCUUGUUCUCCAUGACAACUUUAACCGUUCUCUCUGGUCUACAAAUGUUUCAGUUCAAGGGCAAACCUCCACUGCAGCUCAGCUGCUGGAUUCUGGAAACCUAGUACUGGUCCAGGAAAACAACAAAAAGGUGUUAUGGCAAAGUUUUGACUAUCCGACAGACACUUUGCUGCCAAACAUGUCGCUUGGUUUGAAUCGGAGAACCGGACUCGACAGAUUCUUAACAUCUUGGAAGUCUCGAGAUGACCCCGGAACUGGGGACUGUAUCUAUAAGCUAAAUCUUACUGAAGCGCCACAGUUCUUCCUGUACAAGGGUUCGAUCCCAUAUUGGCGGACUGGACCGUGGCCAUGGAGGUCCUCUGCAAUAAAAUCCAAUUAUAAGGUCAAUUAUAUCAAUAAUGGAGAUGAGAUAUCUUACAAAUACUUCUUCGAUGACUCUGCAAUCAUCACAAGAUUAGUGGUAGACAACUCCGGAUUACUCCAGCAAUUUGUAUGGAAUGAUGGUGAACAUCGAUGGAAGGAGUUCUGGUCUGCACCUAUAUAUCGGUGUGACAAGUAUGGACAGUGUGGCGCGUACAGUAUUUGUAACCCAGAUGAUAUUGAUUUCCAAUGUUCAUGUCUCCCAGGGUAUGAGCCAAAGUCUCCAAGGCAAUGGUAUCUCAGAGAAGGUUCUGAGGGUUGUGUUAGAAAGAAGUCAGGUUUGUCUAUGUGUGGGAAUGGAGAGGGGUUUGUGAAGAUGGAGCGUGUGAAGGCUCCGUUUUCGCCUGUUGCAAGUCAGAUGCAUUUGAGUAUGAUGAGCUAUGAAGCGUGCAAGCAAGCUUGCUUGAGGAAUUGUUCUUGCACAGCUUUUACGAGCUUGAAAGAUGGGAAAGAAACUAAUUGCUUGCAAUGGUAUGGAGAGUUGAUGGAUAUUGAAGUGCAUGAUGAUGAGAGGUACCAAAGUGUAAAUGUUCGUGUGGAUGUGGCAGAUUUAGCCAAGAAUACAAGGAAGCCUGGAGGUUUUCUUGGGAAUAAGGGGAGGCUGGCUUUAGUAAUAAUGUCCAUUGCUGUGCCAUUGUUGCCAGUAAUUUUACUAGCCCAUAUAUGGCUAAGGAAGAAGAAGAAAACGAAAGUGAAGAGAAAAUUGCAUAAUCAGUCAGUAAAUUUUAUUGGUACCAAAGGCUUUUUGGAGGGAAAUGAGCUCGAGGACAGUAAUACAAACCUUGAUCAACCCAUUUUUGAUCUAAGCUGCAUAGUUGCUGCCACAGACAGUUUCUCUCCAGCCAAUAAACUUGGGCAAGGUGGUUUUGGCCCUGUUUUUAAGGGUCAAUUACCUAAUGGACAACACAUAGCUGUAAAAAGGCUAUCCAAGAGUUCAAGACAAGGAAUAGAAGAAUUCAAAAAUGAAGUUAAGUUGAUUGCGAAACUUCAACAUAGAAAUCUUGUCCAAAUGAUAGGUUGUUGCAUUCAAGGGGAAGAAAAGAUGUUGAUUUAUGAGUACAUGUCUAACAAAAGCUUGAACUUCUUUAUUUUUGAUCCUACAAGAAGUUCAUCCCUGAAUUGGAGCAAACGCUUUGAAAUAAUCAUUGGGAUCGCUCGUGGGAUUUUGUAUCUUCAUCACGACUCGAGGUUGAGAAUUAUCCAUAGGGAUCUUAAAACAAGCAAUAUUCUACUUGAUGAUGAGAUGAACCCCAAAAUUUCAGAUUUCGGUGUAGCUCGCAUAUUCAAGGGCGACCAAAUUCAUGACAGGACAAACAGAGUUGUCGGAACAUAUGGUUAUAUGUCACCAGAGUAUGCAGUAUUUGGAAAAUUUUCGACAAAAUCAGAUAUCUUUAGUUUUGGUGUAAUAUUAUUGGAGAUCAUAAGUGGCAAGAAGAAUAGUGGUUCUUAUAUGGAGCACCCUUCCCUAACUUUGAUAGGGCAUGUCUGGGAACUAUGGAGAGAAGAUAGAGCCUUGGAUAUAGUUGAUUCAUCGAUAAAUGAGUCAUGUGUUCCCCAUGAAGUCUUGAGAAGCAUUCACAUUGGGCUGUUAUGUGUGCAAGAAGAUGUUAGAGAUCGACCAAAUAUGUUGGAAGUUUUGCUUAUGCUGGGUACUGAUGCAACCACUAUUCCUUCUCCCAAACAACCUGCUUUCAUUUUUAGAACAGCUUCCAAUGAUUUAAAAUCAGUUGCAGAAGGAUAUUGUUCUGUAAAUGAGGUGACAUUAACCAACGUCGAACCUCGCUAAUUAAUUAGGUGGCUGCAUUCAAAUUGGUUCAUUAACAAUUUUUAGGACUAGUACUUGGCAUUUUACUGUUUUUGGUGCUAAAGAAAAACUUCACUAUUUUUUCUUUUCUGUUUU